CCUCUUCAUAGUCUCAUACGACCUUCGAAAAAUCUCGCCGUGUCCUUCAACGAAGAACUGAGAGAAAAAAAAUGGAGUUAUUCGCCAAAGGCACGGCCGUAAGAUUAAGGAGCUGUCACGAAAAAUACAUUUUCGCCGUCGACGACGAGAAAACCGUCCGUCAAAGCUCUGACGGAAAGUCACGGCAAUCUAUAUGGACGGUGGAGAUGGUGCCACGUAAACCCAAACUCAUCCGUCUCAAGAGCUGCUACGGCAAGUAUUUGACGGCGAGCGAGUCGUCGUUUCUUCUUGGGAUGACGGGGGCAAGGGUCAUACAAACGCCGCCGUUUCGUCAGGCGGAGUACGAGAGCAACUGGGAGCCGAUACGAGACGAGUCAACGGUUAAACUCAUGUCGUGGAACGAUAAAUAUCUUCGCGGGAACGGAGGAGCUCCGCCGUGGAAAAACUCCGUGACGUGCGACGGUGAACCGCACUUGUCGACGACCAAGAAAUGGAUCUUGUGGUCCGUUGAGCUCGUUGAUGAUCCUGAGAAAGUUUCGUUCGCCGAUCGUUUCUCGUCCCCGGCGUCGAGUUUUAACUCGUCGGUCUCAGACGACGGGUCGAAUCACGGGUCAUCACCGGUUCGAAAGUUACAUACUUUUGGAUCAUCUGAAUCUAUCGGGUCGGAUCCUGGGUCGCUUGCAUCUGUUACCUCUUCGAAACUUAUGUUUACUCCGUCAAUGUCGGGUACAUUGUCCCAAAAACCAACAGAGAGGAAAAGUUCGAAGAAGUUACUAACAGAGAAUGUAACAGCGAUGGACAUGUUCCGGGAUGCCAAAACGGUGCGUUUACGAAGCAGUGCACAUGAGAAAUAUUUGAUAGCUGAUGACGACGAAGAGACUGUGGUAAUUGGAAGAAACGGGUCGUCCAAGGAGGCUCGGUGGAGAGUAGAAUUAGUACCCGGAUCCGAGAAGGCGAUCCGGUUAAAGAGCUGUCACGGUGGAUACUUGACGGCGUCGAAUGAGAGGUUGUUGUUGGGAGCGACGGGGCAUAAGGUGGUGCAGUCGAGGAGGAUAAGAGUGGACGAGCCGGCGGGAGAGUGGGAGCCUGUGAAGGAAGGUUUAAAGGUGAAGCUAAGGAGUAGAAACGGCGGGAAUUAUUUAAGAGCCAAUGGGGGAAUGCCACCUUGGAGGAAUACGGUUACUCAUGAUUUACCGAACCGGAGUGUUACGCAGAGUUGGGUGGUUUGGGAUGUUGAUUUGGUCGACAUUCAUGGAACCGACAUGGAUGCUGACGUGGAAAGACAAAAUUUGUAUCAUCAGCAAAUGGAUUUUUUCAAUCAAGCUAAAGCCGUAAGGAUGCGUAACGUCCAUGAUAAGUAUCUAGCGGCGGACGAGGACGAGGAGACGGUGACUCAAGACAGGAAUGGUUCAGACAAGAGAGCUAGAUGGACUGUGGAGCCGGUUCGUGGUUCCUUUGAAGUGAUCCGUUUGAGGAGUUGUUACGGCAAUUACCUUACCGCUUCGAACGAGCGGUUCUUGCUCGGCGCCACUGGACGUAAAGUGGUCUUGUCGAAACCGAGUCGACUUGACUCGUCUGUUGAGUGGGAGCCGGUACGAGACGGGUCUAAAAUGAAGCUGAAGACGAGAUACGGCAACUUGCUUCGAGCCAACGGUGGACUUCCUCCGUGGCGCAACUCUGUCACUCAUGACACUCCUCACGUAUCGGAAUCUUUCUUGUGGGAUGUUGAUAUCGUCGAGAUUUUGGUGGGAACGGCAACUCCAGCUCCAGCUCCGGUGGCAACUCCUCCGCCGCAUAGGAGGCCAUCGUAUACUUCAGUUUCUAGAUCAUCUUCAGAUAGAUCCGAGGAAGAGUUGACCAUGUCGCCGCCGAAAUCUGAAGGAAGGAUCAUAUAUUACCACAUCGCUGACGAGGAAGGUCACGUGGAGGACGAAUCAGCCGUUGGAUAUGCUUUGACGUUCAAAGGAAACACCGUGGAGCAGUUGACGCAGGCGCUUCAAGAAGAGACUAGCAUAGAUGAUUUUGUGGUGUGUACACGCAAUCCUUUAAACGGCAAGCUGUUUCCAAUUCGUUUGCAGCUUCCACCAAAUAGCGGAACAAUGCAUGUCGUUUUAGUACCUUCAAGUAGUUCUUAAACGGCAAGCUGUGUGGUUUUCCCUUGAUCUCGAAUGUAAUAUAGUAGUGGUCGAAGUAUUAAGCUCAAGACUCGGGAGUCAAGUUGCUUCCAUUAGGUAAGACCGUAAGAGUGUUUAAUAUUAAUUAUAGGAUUAUUAUUAUGGAUUGGUAUUAAUCUUUCAUUUAUUGUACAUAAGUUUGUUUUGUAAACGAAGCUACAAGCUUCGCCAUUUUUUUAUGUGAACAUUCUCAAUCAAGAAUUGAUUUUUUUUAGUAAAAGACUUUCGCAUGA